GGGGGGCGGGGCGUCGGGCCUCCCGCGGGCCGCUGCCAUGCUGCGGACGCGCCGUCCGCGCGCGGGCGCCCCGCUGCUCCGGGCCGCGCUGGGGCUCGGGCGGGGCCGGCCGUCGAGCUCCGGGCGCGGGGACGCCUGGCUGCGGCCCACGGGCCAUGACACCGGCGUGCAGGUGUACAACAGCCUCACCGGCCGGAAGGACCCGCUGAUCGUGGCCCGCGCGGACGCCGUCUCCUGGUACAGCUGCGGGCCGACCGUGUACGACCACGCGCACCUGGGCCACGCGUGCUCCUACGUCCGGUUUGACAUCGUUCGGAGGAUCCUGACGGAGGUGUUUGGGUGCGGCGUGGUCAUGGUGAUGGGGAUCACGGACGUGGACGACAAGAUCAUCCGGCGAGCCGGCGAGAUGAACGUGUCGCCCGCGGCUCUCGCCAGCGUCUAUGAGGAAGGUUUUAAGCAAGACAUGGCCGCCCUGAAGGUCCUGCCGCCCACGGUGAGCCUGAGGGUGACCGAGAACAUCCCGCAGAUAAUUGCCUUCAUCGAGGGGAUCAUCGCGCGCGGGCACGCCUACCCCACAGCCAGAGGCAACGUCUACUUCGACCUGCGCUCGCGAGGGGACAAGUAUGGCAAGCUGGUGGGCGUGGCCCCCGCGGCGGCCGCGGAGCCAGCCACCGAUUCGGACAAGCGCCACGCCAACGACUUUGCCCUGUGGAAAGCCGCGAGGCCCCGGGAGGUGUUCUGGGGCUCCCCGUGGGGGGAGGGAAGGCCCGGCUGGCACAUCGAGUGCUCCGCCAUGGCCAGCCUGGUGUUUGGAAGUCAGCUGGACAUCCACUCGGGCGGGGUGGACCUGGCAUUUCCGCACCACGAGAACGAGAUCGCGCAGAGCGAGGUCUUCCACCAGAGCCGGCAGUGGGGGAACUACUUCCUGCACUCGGGACAUUUGCAUGUCAAAGGCACAGCAGAAAAAAUGUCCAAGUCUUUAAACAACUACAUCACCAUUAAGGACUUCCUGCAGACCUUCUCCCCCGACGUCUUCCGGCUCUUCUGCAUGCGCAGCAGCUACCGGUCGGCCGUCGACUACAGCGACAGCUCCAUGCAGGAAGCCCGGGGCCUGCUGCUGGGGCUGGCGUCGUUCGCGGGGGACGCGCGCGCCUACAUGAGGGGGCAGCUGGCGGGCGGCGCGGUCAGCGAGGGCGCGCUCUGGGAGAGGCUCGCCCGCACGAAGAGGGCCGUGAAGGCCGCGCUGGCCGACGACUUUGACACCCCCCGGGCGGUGGACGCCAUCCUGGACCUCGUGCACCACGGGAACCGGCAGCUCCGGGCCGGCCCUCAGGAACCCGGCGGCCCCCGGAGCCCUGCGGUGUUCGGCGCCAUCGUGUCCUUCGUCGAGCGGUUCUUUGACAUGGCCGGGAUCUCCCUGGGACAGCAGCAGGGACAGUGUGUUGCAGGAGACGGCGGCAGCGCAGCCGCGCUGGCCGGCGUGGUGGACGAGCUGGUGCGCUUCCGGCUGAAGGUCCGGCAGUUCGCGCUGGCCACCCCGGAGGCGGCGGGGGAGCCCGGGCGACGGCAGCUCCGGGAGAGGCGCCCCCUGCUGGACGCGUGCGAUGCGCUGCGCCAGAACCUGGCCGCCCACGGCGUCAGCAUUAAGGACAGGGGCAGCGCGACCACCACCUGGGAACUGCUGGACCCCAGGAUAAAAUGCCAGAAGCCGGGGGGCUGAGGCCGAAGCCCCCCCCCCAGGCAGCUCUGUGUGUUCUCCACGGGAAAGCUUUACAUUAAAGUUCCACGUGUGGCGGUUCACCCAUCGUCCCAGUCCACCAGUCCCGACCCGCCGGCUUCUUUCCAGAAGCGCCCGAGGGCAGCCAGACUCGACGCCCUGGGGUGGACGCCACGGGGCCGGUGAGGGAGCACGGCUCACCACAGCGCGCCUGCCCUCCGCGCCCUGGCCCUGCCUGGCCGCUGCUGAAGGAGCGGGGAGCUGGCGCCGCCUCCCGGCUUCCCCAGACGGCAGAUCCGGAGCCGCCAGCUUGGGCUGCUCCCCGCCUCCUUCGUGGUGGAGGGGCAGCCGUGUUCCGCCACACAGGGAGGGACCUGGGCGCAGUGACGCGGCCCACCCAC